AUGGUGUUGAGGCAAACCCCAGUUGAUCCUACGAUACGCGGUAACCAGUACGGUAACCAGUACGGUAACCAGUACGGUAACCAGUACGGUAACCAGUACGGUAACCAGUACGGUAACCAGUACGGUAGCCAGUACGGUAGCCAGUACGGUAACCAGUACGGUAACCAGUACGGUAACCAGUACGGUAACCAGUACGGUAACCAGUACGGUAGCCAGUACGGUAACCAGUACGGUAGCCAGUACGGUAACCAGUACGGUAACCAGUACGGUAACCAGUACGGUAACCAGUACGGUAACCAGUACGGUAACCAGUACGGUAACCAGUACGGUAACCAGUACGGUAACCAGUACGGUAACCAGUACGGUAACCAGUACGGUAACCAGUACGGUAACCAGUACGGUAACCAGUACGGUAACCAGUACGGUAACCAGUACGGUAACCAGUACGGUAACCAGUACGCGGUAACCAUACGCGGUAACCAGUACGGUAACCAGUACGGUAACCAGUACGGUAACCAGUACGGUAACCAGUACGGUAACCAGUACGGUAACCAGUACGGUAACCAGUACGGUAACCAGUACGGUAACCAGUACGGUAACCAGUACGGUAACCAGUACGGUAACCAGUACGGUAACCAGUACGGUAACCAGUACGGUAACCAGUACGGUAACCAGUACGGUAACCAGUACGGUAACCAGUACGGUAACCAGUACGGUAACCAGUACGGUAACCAGUACGGUAACCAGUACGGUAACCAGUACGGUAACCAGUACGGUAACCAGUACGGUAACCAGUACGGUAACCAGUACGGUAACCAGUACGGUAACCAGUACGGUAACCAGUACGGUAACCAGUACGGUAACCAGUACGGUAACCAGUACGGUAACCAGUACGGUAACCAGUACGGUAACCAGUACGGUAACCAGUACGGUAACCAGUACGGUAACCAGUACGGUAACCAGUACGGUAACCAGUACGGUAACCAGUACGGUAACCAGUACGGUAACCAGUACGGUAACCAGUACGGUAACCAGUACGGUAACCAGUACGGUAACCAGUACGGUAUCCAGUACGGUAACCAGUACGAUAACAGCACACCUUUCGGUAACCGGUACGGUAACCGGUACGGUAACCGGUACAGUAACCGGUGCAGUAACCGGUACAGUGACCGGUACGGUAACCAGUACAGUCACUGUCACGUAUACUACCGAAGACUGAACAUGUCCCCUGUGAGACUGUGA